AUGGCUUCGCCUCCUCCUCCUCCUCCAUCUCCUCCUCCCAACCGUUCAACCCUCGAUUCCACUCCUUCUUCGCCCAAUCCCGCUCGAGCCAAAGCCGAGGCACCCUCAUCGCCGCCGCCGUCGCCAGUGCCAACCGUCUGCGAAUCUUCUAUAAGGAUAUACUCAACCCCGUCCCCGUCCCCCUCGUCGUCUCCUCCUUCGUCUUCGCGCCCCUCGCCGCCGCUGCUUCGUUCGCCGCUUCGACUAAACGGCGCCUGGGUCUUGCCCGUUGGCGUUGGAGCAACUCCUCGUGAAGUAGUUUGUCGGGUCUCACUCGCGCCCUCGCUCGCUCUCAUGGCGGACGCCGAAGACAAAGGAGAUGAAUUCAUGGAUGAAAGCAGUGAUGAUGAUGCCUUUUGUAGAGUGAGACCCAACGAGAACGAGCGCCGGAGAAGAGAGCGAAGAAGUGACACCCACCGAGAGAGGAAGCGAGCGCCGAAGAGAGCGUAG